GGUUGAAUGACAGGAGGUAAAUGAGGCGUAAAAUUAAAGAAUCUUUCUCUAAUGGUGAAAGCAAGAAGCAAACAGCUACCGUCCGUGAGCUGAAAAUCAAAGAAGUGUAGCAGACAUGUCCAGAAACGGUCUAGCAUAAAAUACAUUGCAGAAGUUAUAGUAUGAUAGCGUGAACAUUUUGCCUAGGGGAUUUUUCUGAGCACGGGGAAAUGUUGAGACAACCGUCAAACAGUAUUCCGCCCCAGCCGUCUGGGGGAGCGGUUGGAGCUACAACUACUAACAAACCGGAGAACGGGACUCCGGUGCCCCAACCGCCGCCUGUAAACGAACGGAAAACUUUUUGUCCUUCGGAAAAUAAACCGUGCGAAAUGGAAGCCAAUAAAGCAUACGGGACGUUCAAAAACGCCGCACCUGGACCCACGUUUGCUCCCGUUAAUUCUGCCGUGCGCAAGGAUUCCGUCGGUAAAAUGGAUGGUUCGACCGGUAAAGCCACGUCGGACUUCAUGUCUAACAAUCAAAGUGCUGUAAGGAUCGCGGCGGAGCAUAACAACACCACCGGUGACUGGACCUCCAUGAGCCAGACCACCAUCAUCCUGGGUACAGAUGGCAAUACAUCUGUUCUGCCUGGCACGGUGACCGGGGAUGAUGAUGAUGGAGGAGAUGAGAAUAAGGCCCGGGGGAACUGGUCCAACAAACUGGAUUUUAUUCUGUCCAUGGUGGGAUAUGCCGUGGGUUUGGGAAAUGUGUGGAGAUUCCCAUAUCUUGCUUUCCAGAAUGGUGGAGGUGCGUUUUUGAUACCUUACCUAAUCAUGUUAGGCCUCGCCGGUAUACCUAUAUUUUUGUUGGAGGUGUCUUUGGGUCAGUUCGCCAGCCAAGGCCCGGUGUCAGUAUGGAAAAUGAUCCCAGCUCUACAAGGUUGCGGGAUUGCCAUGUUGAUAAUAUCUGUCUUGAUAGCCAUAUACUAUAAUAUUAUUAUGUGCUGGACAUUGUACUACCUGUUCGCUUCGUUGAAGGAGGCACUGCCAUGGGCCACCUGUAAAAAUGAAUGGAACACCGUCGAGUGCAAAGACAAAGACAUGCUGCUUUUGGACUCCUGUAUACUAAGGGACAGAAACAUCACAUCAGUCAAGAACACUACAUUCUGUUUAUCUGCAAAUGCUGUCGGGAAUUUAAGUAAACUGUUAAAUGUCACAAUGGACAAUAAAACCUAUGUCAGCCCUAGUGAGGAGUAUUUCAAGUAUAAUGUAUUGCAUAUUUCUAAGGGUAUUGAAUACCCAGGUGACAUCCGUUGGCCCUUGGCUGCUUGUCUGUUUCUGGCCUGGCUUAUUGUUUAUGCCUCUUUGGCUAAAGGGAUCAAGUCUUCAGGGAAGGUGGUGUAUUUCACUGCCACGUUCCCCUAUGUGGUGUUGGUCAUCCUCUUGAUCCGAGGGGUCACUCUGCCUGGAGCCGGUUCUGGGAUCCUUUACUUCAUAACACCCAAAUGGGAAAAACUCAAUGAUGCCAAGGUGUGGAAGGAUGCUGCUACGCAGAUUUUCUUCUCUCUGUCUGCAGCAUGGGGUGGUCUUAUAACCCUCUCGUCCUACAAUAAGUUCCACAACAACUGUUACAGGGAUACUCUCAUUGUGGCGUGUACUAACAGUGCCACAAGUAUUUUUGCUGGUUUUGUCAUUUUUUCAGUUAUUGGCUUCAUGGCUCAUGAGCUCAAAGUCCCAAUUGAAAGUGUGGCAGAUGAAGGUCCAGGGAUUGCUUUUGUGGUCUAUCCAGAGGCUCUGACUAGGUUGCCCUUGUCACCAUUCUGGGCCAUCAUCUUCUUCCUCAUGCUGCUUACCCUUGGUCUGGAUACUAUGUUUGCCACCAUAGAAACUAUAGUGACGUCUGUUUCUGAUGAGUUCCCCAAGUACCUGCGCAAACACAAGCCUCUGUUCACUUUGGUUUGCUGUUUGUCCUUUUUUGUGCUGGGUUUUCCCAUGAUCACUGAGAGUGGAAUGUACAUGCUUCAGCUGGUGGACACUUAUGCAGCCUCUUACUCUCUGGUCAUCAUUGCCAUAUUUGAACUGAUUGGAAUCUCGUACAUUUAUGGACUACAGCGGUUCUGUGAGGACAUUGAGAUGAUGAUUGGGUUCCAGCCAAACAAGUUUUGGAGAAUCUGCUGGGCCUUUGUCACACCAACUAUUCUCACAUUUAUCUUAGCACUUAGUCUGUACCAGUGGAAGGUGAUGACAUAUGAGGAUUACACUUAUCCGACCUGGUCUAUGGUUAUGGGCUGGCUUAUGGUCAUCUGUUCUGUCAUAUGGAUUCCCAUCAUGUUUGUUAUUAAGAUGCACCUUGCACCUGGAUCGUUAAUUGAGCGUCUAAAGUUGGUGUGCUCUCCUCAACCCGACUGGGGUCCAUUCCUGAUGAAACACCGCGGGGAACGCUACAAGAACAUGAUUGACCCUCUAGGCACCAACUCCCUUGGCCUCAAACUUCCCCCCAAAGAUUUCCAGCUAUCAGCCCAAUAUCAAUAAUCCUCCUCAAUUCCCUGUGAGUGUGAAACUCCCAGAGGCCUCUGAGGGUGAGACCUGCACUCACGUCAAACUCUUUCCCUUUUCAACCUCCCCUCUUUUCCAUAGCGUUCUCUUUCAGCCAUAUUCCCCCCUCUUCUGACACUUUUAGAGGGGUUUUUCAGGUGGAAAGCACAGACAACUCCCUAUGAUUUUUUUGUUUUCUGAAUAAAUAUUCGUAGUCAGUCUGAGAGUGGGUCUUUCGCGCACAUUCUGAUACACCGAUCCCAGCUGAACCUUUUUCUCAGAGGCAAUAUAAUGAUGCAGUUGCAACUGCUGAGGCAAUAUUUGACUGAUUGUGCAUCAUGCAGUGGUUGUUUUUUAAUUAGUUUUUCAUUCCGAAGUGACUGCUGAUGUUAAAAAGAAAAUAAUGAAGAGAAUAACAUUUAUAUUUCUUGUCUAUUUGCUUGUCAUCUCUUAAAUGUAGCAAACAUAAUGAGAUAAACUGCUGAGUAGUGCACAGUGAACUCGAACUCUUUUCUGGUAUCAUACUAUCGCUCUCCACUUAUGUCCACUUAUAGCUGUACCUUGUGCCUCAGACUUCCUCUGUUUAUAAAAUACCGCAUAGUAUAGUGCUAAUUAAACCAAUCGUACUACAUUAUGGAGGGAAGUGAGCACAUUUCAGUCUCUGUGAAUUAUAAGCUAUCCUACUCUUUUACUAACCUGUCGGAAAUAUCUCUACAAUGUUAUAGAAGCCAAACUCAUAGUGUAGGCUCCAGUAGUAUAGAUCCAUCCCUGUCUUCAAGAAAACCUAGCCAUGCAAAACUGUAAUAAUACCUUUCAAUGUUGUUUAGAGUAGUUCUCAACAGCCAACUAGCAGUUAUGUAUGUAUACUAAUAUUAUAGAGUAUGCUUUGGAGUUUGUGUCGUGAUCUGUUCAUAGACUUUGUGAAUCCUCCUAUUCUUAUGCAGUACGCCGUUAUAGUGGAGUACACAAAAGAAAAAUAGAGGAAAAACAAGGAGUGUGGUAUGUGUGGCAAACCAAUCGUCUCAUAAAAAGUGUAUAUUUUAGAAACUUCAACUAGCUUACACAAUAUUUUUAACAAUUGCUUGCAGAGGAUAUGUAGAUUAGAAAAAAAAAGUUUUUCACCUGAAAUCCUGUGCUUGGGGACCACACUCCUUUUUUAAAAUGUUUUCCAUCUGUUUGUCUGUUCGCCUUCAUGAAACAGGGUCUCAGGUAUUACUCCAUUCCAUCAACCUUAGUAGAUGUUGGAUUAGAAUUGAACAUAUUUGUGGAAACUUGAUGUGAUUUACAUAUAACUAGGGCUGCACGAUGAGUCGUAUUUUAAUCGUGAUCAUGAUUUCUGCUUCUCUUGAUUUAUUAAGCAUAAUCGCCUGUGAUAUUUGCCUGCUUUCUAUUUAAUUUAGCAUUUGCAUUAUCUUGCACUAGCAGCAAGCUUCCGUUCAUGGUUGCUGUUGCCAGAUUUCAACAGUUUAAAUACCCCAAUCAGAGUAUUUUUUUUUUUUAAAUUGAUACGUGGUUUACUGAAUCUUCCUAACCAUGUGCACGCUCUCUCUAGAUUACGGGAAAAAAAGCACAGAUGAGCUGAAAACACCAGCAAACAUGUAGGUUGGAGUUUAGAGAUAUUCUAUUGAGAUAUUGUGCUCAAAUAAAAGUGCAAUACAACCAGUCUGGUUUCUUUCAAGCAGCCGUUUGUGCUGUUUGCUGCGAUUAAAUCCGUGAGCAAGCCAUGGGAGUUGACUUUCUCUUAAUUUGUGCUUAUGUGAAAGUGCAAUAAUUCAGAUGAAAUUAAAAAUAUAUAUAUUUUAAGCAAAUAAAUUAACCGUGAGUAACCAUUUAAUCAUUAUCGUGCAGCCCUACAUAUAACCAAUUCUCUAUAUGAUUUGUAAAAGUGGACAUUUUCAGAAUAUUAUGCCAUAUAUUGACAGUUUGAAUCCUUAUAUAUCAUUUCCAGCUUCUGGACUGUAAAUAUGGUUACAGAUAAAAUGCUUUCAUAGUAUUGCUUUAGCAACAGUUUUGUUACUUAGAGUUGAGUAGUUAGAGUUAUUAUAUAUAUAUAUAUAUAUAUAUAUAUAUAUAUAUAUGUAUGCUAACUUGUUGUGCUGAUCAGUUGAAGCACUACAAAAAGCACUUUGAUUAAACGCCACAUAAAAAUGAGAGGUUAUUCUCCACCACCACAGUCAUAAAAAAGCCUAAAUUAAAAAAAACAAAAAAAAAACUUAUUUUAUUUGUUAGUUCAGAAUGUAUACCUAAACGAUUAGUACUGUGCAUAUGAUUUAGUUAGUGAAAAGAGCCACACUGCCCACGCAAUGCAAGUAAUAACACUGAGACUUUGCCUGGGCAUGCUACGUUUCAAAAGCCAUGUAAUAUGCGGAUACUACACUAAUCACCUUAAAUAUAACGCAUUUAUAAAACAUAAAAAGAAAAAAGGUAUUCCUCAGUAUAUUAGUGUCAGAAAAGAGACGCUUUUUCUGAUACAUGUUUAAUCUUACUCUCUGUGUAGUAUAUGUGUGUGUGAAUGUGUGGAAUAAUAUGCAGCGCUUAAUGUUUAGAUUUAUACUUAUCCGACCAUCCAGACGUGGUCAAAUGCAGCCUGGCAGUCAGUUUGAGGUUUUCCUAUUCAUUGCAUUGUUUUAUCUGCAAGAGCUGAUUUUACUCGAAUAGAAGCUCUGGGUUAUGUAGCACAACAAACAGUAUACAAAGCACACGAAUAGUAGACGGCUGCUGUGAUCGUUGUAAUAUUUAAGGUUCUGGAUGGAGUUUCUGUUAGUCCUUGUGUUGCUGUACGUCUGUCUGAGAGCUAUUGUUAAAAGCCCUUUCACGUAACGAAUAUUCUGUGGGAAAAAAAUAAUAGGUAACGGUCUUGCAUGUGCUGUUUGUGUUGCUGUGGAUGAUUUGUCCAUGUAUGCUUCCCCUUUACGCUCCUUUUCUCGAAUGUGUCCCUCGCUUAGCAGCUGCAGCUGAGUUUGCCACCUCUUCCUACCUACAGGGCGACACUGGGCAGUAGGCAACCAAAGAAGGAGAACUUUUCAAAGGGUUCUGAAAAUAAAAGCUUAAAAAAGAACAUAUAUUCUAAAAGAAAAGAC